CAUCAUUUCCUUUACCCUGGUUUAAAAAUACAAACGGCUUUUUAAUAGUUGCUUGCAUUUUGUGCUUUGUUUGUUGAUUCAUACCGUUUGUUCUGUUUGUGAAUGUUACAAAACCUACCCGUAACUAAGUGCCAUCCGUUUGUUACGUUAUCAAGCAACGCAAAAGCCCGAAAAGAAGUGAAAUUCAGCAAAAACAAUCCCGUGGCGUCGUGUACCUGCGUUCCAGCUGCUGGUGUUUUGGUGGCGACGGCGUUAACGACGCGUCAUCUGCUAUGUUUUGUCCCUGCGUUGGAAUUUGCAUCGCAGUUGUCGUGAAUACGUUUUAGGGUUGUGAACGAUUACGUUCGAAAUUCAAGCCCAGUGCUUGGCGUGUAAAGUGAAAGUGAAGAAACCGGUAGCUAUUUGCAUUCCUGAUGGAAAUUCACACGGAGAGCAGCGGCAUUGAUUCGUCGCCGGAUAUGAACAUCAGUGCCGAACUCAGCAACCCUUCACCACACCGUUCGGCGACCGUCAUGCCGCGGAAGCUGUCCUUCUCCGGCAACUCGCCGGAACGCAACCCCGUAGAACCGACGGUCCAAAAGCAACCAUCGCUUUCACCACCGUAUCGAAAGGUGCAGGCGCUCCGACUGUUCGAUACGCCAGCAACGCCAAAAACCAUUCUACAAAAGUCAACCAACACAAUGUUCCGGCGGCAAGUGUUUGGCCCCGGUACGACGCUGUUUCCCGGGGCGAACAAACCAAGCGCCGACGGGGACGUGCUGGCCAAGCCGAUGGACGGAGGGAUGCCAAUUUUCGUCACUGACAAACCGAAACCGGUUCCGCUUCACCGACGUUACGACGUGGGGCUACCGCCGGCCAAUGUGAAUCCCUUCACACCGCCCGCUAUGUUUAUGCGAACGAAGAAGCGCACCCGGCAGGAGGGCUCCGAAAGUGCCAAAGCAAGCAUCGGUGACGGGAACAGCAACAAAAGCCAAUUUCCGCCCAUGUUUCCCAUCAGUCGGCUCAACAAGAGUCGGCUUCCGUUUAGCGGUCCGGUGACACCGUUUGCCUUGAGGCAAGCGAACGAUUCCACAACGAACCACACGCUGAAGCUGUUCAAUAUGGUGGAGGAUGAAAGCGGAGAGUUCCGGCAGGCACCGAAGCGGCUCGCCCUGCAGGACUCGAACAUUUCCCGGUACAAGAAGGAGUUUAUCGAGCUGGCGCUGCUCGGGACGGGCGAGUUCGGGCAGGUCUUUCAGUGUCUUAACCGGCUGGACGGAUGUGUGUACGCGAUCAAGAAGAGCAUCCGGCCGGUCGCGGGAAGUUCGUUCGAGAAAACGGCCCUGAACGAAGUUUACGCGCACGCCGUGCUCGGAAAGCACGAGAACGUGGUCCGGUACUAUUCGGCCUGGGCCGAGAACGAUCAUAUGUUGAUCCAGAACGAGUUUUGCAACGGAGGCAGUCUGCAGACGGUGCUGCAGGAACGCUGUCUGAACGAAUCGGAGCUCCGCACGCUGCUGUUGCACAUUGCCGAGGGCCUCAAGUACAUCCACUCGAAUGAUUUGGUCCAUAUGGAUCUGAAAGCAGGCAACAUUUUCCUUUCCAAAACACCGCUUCGCUCCGGGUCGGCACUGCACGGUGCUUCGGCCGGGCAGGUUGUAGCCGAAUGUCCGGACGAUGGCUUCGAGGAUGUGUACGAUGAUCUGGAGAACGAGUAUUUGGUGACGUACAAAAUCGGCGACCUGGGACACGUCACUUCCAUCAACGACCCACAGGUGGAGGAAGGCGAUUGUCGCUAUCUACCGAACGAGAUACUGCAGGAGGACUAUAAUAAUCUCCCGAAAGGGGACAUCUUUUCGCUUGGCAUCACGCUGUACGAGGCGGCCGGUGGUGGCCCACUGCCGAAGAAUGGUACCGGAUGGCAUCAGCUGCGCAGUGGCCAGUUUCCCGAUCUGCCCAACAUUGGGAAAGAUUUCAACGAUCUCAUCAAGCAGAUGAUGCACCCGAACCCGGAGAAGCGUCCGUCGUCUACGACAAUCUUUAACCAUCCGGUAUUAUCGCCGGUCGAUUCCAAAACCAAAGCUCAACUUUGUCUAGAGCUGAGCCUGGAGCGGCAGAAGAACGAGGUCCUGAUGAGGAAGAUCAAGGAACAGGCGAAGCUGCUCAAGUCAAUCGAACAACAUUCCCUCACACCAGUUGCCACUUCAGUCGCGCGUAAGACGCGUUCCUCGGCAACGUCCCGUGAAACGGCCACCUCCGACCGUAAGCUACGUUCCUAUUCGCACAAGAAGCGCACCACCAACCUUAUCUCGAAGCGGAGAGGCAUUCGGGACAGCAGCAAAUCGAAGGAUUAUUAGAACGCGUUCGUGAGGCCAUCGCGAGCGGCUCACUUCCGGAUUGGUCAGACCCGUGUUUUGUUAUAGUGCCUCUGUGUGCGUGAGUAUGUUCCUCUGCACUACUUCAUUGACCUGCUUGUAGGAGAGUAAUCCCAAAGGUAAUCUGUUGAAUCAUCGUGUCCAAAGGGUGCAAGUCCAGAAGUAAAACAUGGAUAGGAGCAGUUAAGAGAGUAAUCAUCUCACGAUCAUCACAAGAUCACGCUCGAAUGCGUCACAAUACACUUCCGUUUUCCUUUUUUGUCACAUGUUUUGUCCUUUUUUCCCACUUUUUUUAGAAUAAUUAAUUUUUAAUUCGUUUUUUUUCUCCUUUUUGUCUAUCGUCUAAAAGAACAAAAUUAUUAAAUGCCACUAUAUUUUUUUCUUUUUGCGCUAAAUUUCUUUCUAUUAUUUUGCUUUGUCUCCUUUUUUUUCCUUUUUUGGCUUACUUUUGGCACCAGUUUUUUUUUUGUGUUUUGUUCUUAACUCGUUUAAAAAUUGUUCCGUUUCACAUCGGUCGAGCGACCGAAUGGCUUUUUAAAGCGUUCAAAGCGUUGUUUAAAAUUCGUCGUCUGGAAUAAAGUUUUUUUUUAUUGUUUAGACAGUUUGAGGAAGAAAAAUCGCUCAAUAUAGUGAAGCAGACCGAGCACGCACACAGACACACACGUUAGAAUAAGAAGUGUUUUUGGAAGCAAGCAAUUACUUUACACUGAAUUCACAAUUCUCGAUGUUUGUAAGUUUUUCGCGAAGACGAGAGCAAAGUAAGCGGAGAAGAGAAGGAAUAAAUCGAAAGCGAACGAAAGCGAGGAGCAGACAAGCAAACCAAAACGAUGAACGAUGAAAUUCAAUCCAAAUGCAACGCUGCAGAAGAAGUGUAAAAGAAGAGCGUAGUGUUAGAAGAAGAAGAAAACUCCGUGGAUCAGCAGGAAGCGAACAAUAUUGUGAUCAUAAAUCUGGACGUGAUGAAGCAAAUCAACGAACGAACCGACAGAACAUUGUGUAGCCUUAUCGGGAAGAAUUUGGGAGGAAGGGCGAGAGUAUGGAGCUGUGUACGUAGUGUUUUGGGGAUUUCAGGAGGAGCCUAUUAAGCUCCCUGCCCGCAGCGAAACGAAACGAAAGGCUGUAAACUUGCCGUUGUUGUUGUUGUUGAACAAGAAACUCUAGGGAAACCAAUCCAAUUGCAUCGAUCGAUACGUUUGAGAUCCUUAUUUGCGAGAGCCGUCUUUUAGUUAAGUAACCGCUAAGAAGUGAUAGAUCGGUACCGGAAGCGUACAGCACGUAGACGUAAGUAAACUUUAUUGCGUUCCAGAACGUUGAGGAUUACUGUUUUUCAUAUACCUAUAUAUUAUACAUUGCCUAAGGAAAGAGAGAGAGAGGUGGUCCGGUGGUCGAUGCGAUACCGCCGCCGACCUUCACACGGCAGGACCGGGGUUCAAAUCCCAUCCAGACCACCUCCCCGUACGUAGGGCUGACUACUUUGCUACGGGUAAAAUCAAGUCACUGAAAGCCAGAAAUUGGCAGGCCGAGACCUCUCGAGAGGUUUGUAGUGCCAAGGAAGAAGAAGAAAGAAAGAGAAAAAACAGACACAGAGGGGAAUGUCCUGAAGCGCCACAAGUCAUAAGAAAUCGUCCCCUGUCCCGUGAACCAGGUGGACCAAAACAGCGACGACACAAUAGAGAGAGAGAGAGAGAGAGAGAGAGAGAGAGAGAGAGAGAGAGAGAGAGAGAGAGAGAGAGAGAGAGAGAGAUGGAGUCAAGAGAAACACCAAAUUCCAGCCCACAAAG